UGUAGGGAUAAAUGAAGCUAAGUCUGUGUCUCCUGGUUGAUGAAUGUGUGUCGUGGUCUCAAGAUAACUGCAGACACAGGCACCUCUGUGUGUUGAAUUACAUGUAUGUAAUGUUGGAAGAGCAGCAACCCCCUUGUAUUUAAGUUGCCCAAGACUUUUCCGGUGGUGUUUGGGCCAGUUACCCAUUCAGAGUCUGUGGAGACUCUGAAGAAGGAAUGUCUGGCGAAGUCUGGCAAAGGACACCUGGCUGGUCUUCUUCAUAAUUGAGAUCCAUGUCCAUCAAAGGAGUUACCAGAUACCAAGAAUGCAGUCCUAGAAGCCUACACGCAUCAAAGAUCUUUCCAAUUACUGCUCCAGGUCUAAAGACCACUUUCUCCAUGGUUACUGGGGCCAUGGUGUUCUCUGCCAACAUUCUAGACUCAUCACCAUGUUUCAGGCCAGGACACAGCACACAACUGGCCUCGCUGAUGGAAAACCUUCUUCUGGCUACUGACAGCAAACCUACUUCUCAGCUGAUUCUGCUAGACUCCACUGCAGGCAUUGAUACUGAGGGGGCCCACAUUCCCUACCACCAAAACCCUGACCACAGGGAGUCCCACGUGACUCAGUGCUCUCUCCCAUCCUAGCCAAGAUCCACAUAAGAGACUGGAGAUUGACACCUCUUCUCUGCUGAUACAGUCUACACCAAUGCAGGCUAUCCCAGUGCUGGGAAGAAAACAGCUGAUGGAUAAAACACAGUGGCCAGCUCAAUCUGGGAAAGGCAGAAGUGGUGCUGAUAGUAGAAAAGUGGAAACAUUUUGAGGAAAUUGGCAAUGACUGAGGGCAUCAGACCACAGAUGGUAAAGGUGGUGCAAAACCUUGGAGUCUUGCUAGUCUAAGCCCCCCCUUCCUGGAUAAGCAGAUUGCUGCAGCAGAGGGGAACAGAUAAUUUUCGCCUGGCCGAGGGGCUUCACCCAAUCCUUUCACAGGAUGAUUUAGCUCAGUGGAUCUCAACCAGGGGGCUGCCAAGCGUGGCUGGCAUUAGACUUGCUAGGGCCCAGGGCAGAAAGCCAAAGCCCCACGGUGCAGGACUGCAGCCCAUGGCCCUGAGCCCAUCCAUCGAAGGUUGAAGCUGAAGCCUGAACAACUUAGCUUUGCGGUGGCCCCUGUGUCAUGAGGCUCUGGGCAACUGCCCUGCUUGCUACCCUUUAACGCCGGUCCUGGCUUUUAUAUGCAGAAAAACAGGGUGUGGCACAGCUGGGCUGGGGAGUUUUUAUAGCGGGGGGGGGGGGCUCAGUAAGGAAAAGGCUGAGAACCCCGAUUUAGCUGCUCUUUUGCUGUGUUUGCACCAGGCCUAGCAUGGGGGGGGCUGCUCCUUGACUAGGGCUCUUGGGCUCUGUGGUAAAACCGGCAGUAUUGUAGCUCACCUACCUGUCCAACAAGGCUGCUUAUAGCAUUAGCAAUAAAGGCUGAGGUGGACACUGGGUUGGACUCCAGUCCCAGUUCAUUUCAGAGCAGAGCUCAGCUGCUGCUCCCAGUGAACUGGGGCUUGAUUAGGUCACAACGCCCCAGGACAGCUGUGCUUCCCGAGGUCAGGCUUGGGGAACAAAGUAUUCUCAGUGGCAGGAGCUCAUUCUCCAAAGAGAUCAGACUGAGCCUAAGCUAAGGGGUAAAGCUGCAGCACCUUUGUCCUAGCACCAGCUGGAGAGAGGAAAAUCCCCGGUUUCUUUGGGGUUUUUGUCCACGUUAGUUUUCUGCAGCGCUUAGGCUCCAGUGCGACAGAAAAUCUCUAGGGGGGAAAGUUUUCCUUUUUAACACAUUUAAUAAUCUUGUCACAGCCUCUUGCCCAAAUGUGUCUUCUCUUGCGAAGCUGUACAGGCCGGAGCCCGUAGGACAGGGGACUGGUGUUAAAUCACAGCUAGGGUAGGGACUGUAAAGGGAGCUGCCCUAGUGAUGAGUUGGGGAUCCCUCGCUGACGACAUGGGGAGGGACCUGUCCUACGUUGCUCCCUAGCAGCACCAACUGGCUAGUCACUGGGCUCCCGGCCAUCCCGCGGGAUCCAAGGGCCGGUAACUGGCCAGGGGAAUAUGACCUGUCGAGGGGGGACAGGGGGUUGUAGGAGAGGGGCUGUCUGUUAGAAUGGGACCGUGUUCUUCACCCGGGGAAUGGAGGGGCCCCAGGGGAAGAGUCUGAGCCCUUGGCAAGCGGCCGCGCCCCUCCCGGGUGCGAUUGUGACACGGCCGGGGGCGCAGCUCGUGGCCCCGCGGCCCCGGCCCAGCGGCGGGCGGCCAUGGAGCGGCAGGAGCAGUCGGGGCCGGCGGGCGCCGCCGAGCCCGGGGAGAGCCCGGACGCGCAGUUCCAGGCCGUGGUGCAGCGGACGCAGGUGCUGCUGCUGGCCGGCGAGACGUGGGAGGCGGACCGCGCCCGGGCCGCGCUCAGCUCCUUCGCCCACGAGGUGCUGCCCGUGGCCCGCCGCUCCGCCAGCCCCGCGCCGCCCAGCGCGCCGCCGGCCGGGCAGCUCGUCUUCUUCCUGUGCCGCGCCCCGUCGCUGCGGGGCCGGGCCGAGCGGCUGCGGGAGGUGCUGCGGGGCGUGCGGGAGCAGAGCCGCGGCGCGCCCGCCGCCCUGGUCGGGGUGAUCGUGCAGCCCCGGCCGGAGGAGGAGGCGGAGGCGCGGCGCCGCCUGGAGGAGCUGCUCCUCGAGGUCUUCCAGCCGCCGGCGUCGGGGCCGGGCGCCGCGCCGCGGGUCGAGGUGCACACGGCCGUGUUCCGCCCCGGCCGGCCCGAGGGGGCCCUGGAGGUCAAGAAAGCCGCUUGCGAGGCCCUGAGGGAAGAGCCAGAAGAUGCUGUUUGGGUUUCACGAGCCACCCUCUUCAAAGUCCUGGGGGCGCUCUGUGUGGCGUGCGCUGGUAUUAUUGGAAGCCAGUACAUGAAUACUCGCACCUGAGACUGGGGUCCCAUCGGGCCUGCUCCCUGCCCACAGAUCCUCUGUCUACCUGGAUCUCACCUGUCAUCCAAAAUAAAAAACAUCAGCACCUGUUA